GCAGCAGCGCCAAGGAGCCAGAAGCUCGUUCAACUCGGGCUCCUACGAGGCGUGUCGCGCACUAUCACGACGGAUCUGUGUUGCGAUGGACAUAGCUACUAGUGCUAUGAUCGGGGGUCUGAACAUCGCGGGCGAUGCUGGGAUUCCCGGGACCGGGACCGCUGCUGGUGCGCUCUCAGAAAUCCGCAAGUGUUGUGAGCAAAUCCAUGCGAACAAGCAAGCAUGUCGCAGACUAUCAAACAAAGUCGCAGAAUUGGCCGAUACCAUUACGAUGCUGAGUGCCGCUGGUGUGCCGGACGCGUCCUUGCGCGAUCUGUUGAGCGAAUUCGAUCUGAAGCUUUUUGGGAUAUAUCAUCGGGUCAAUGCGUGGUCUCAAUAUUCGAAGCUCAAAGCACUGCUUAAAAGAAACGAGAUUGGAGAGGGGGUUACAAAUUGCACCGCCGAACUCGACGUCAUGAUGAGCAAGUUCCUAGUGGUUUCAGCCCUGCGACAUGGUGACGCUCAGGCCCUAGGAAUGCAACAGAUGGAAGCUGGUCAUGAGGAGAUACGUGAACGGAUUCAAGAAGUUCUUCAAGUCCUGCGAGACAGAUCAUCUCUCCAAGAAGCUGCUAAUCUACAGCGACACGGAGAACCCGCUGCCGAGAUGCUCAUGAGAGAGGGACAGCAACUUCUAGCUGAAGGGCGUGGCGACGCAGACGAUCCAGUCUCUCUAGAAGAAUACGGGGAAUUUCGCAAGGGUCUGGCGCACCUACAACAACUAACAGACAUUCUGCCUUCUAUAAAACUACUCAACGGAGAGAUAUCCCGUAUAGGGGACAGAGCAGUCGAGAUUGGCGGACACAGUCAAAUCUGGAAAGGUGUCUGGCUGGACGAAAUUCCUGUCGCGCUGAAGUGUCUACAAGAAGUGCGAGUGUCUGCACGCGCGCAAAAGCGGUUCAUCCACGAAAUCGAGAUCUGGUCGAAGCUAAAGAACCCGCACGUUCAGCCACUCUUCGGGAUUGUGACCAACCUGGGUCCGCUUGUUCACGUCGUAUCACCGUGGCGAUCGGAAGGCAACCUGUCUGAGUAUGCUGGACGCGUGAGGAGCGCGAAUAAGAUUUAUCUGUUGUGGGGUGCAGCGGGUGGCCUAGCGUACCUUCAUGACAAAGAUAUUGUGCACGGGAACGUACGAUGCAGCAACAUCCUAGUAUCGAGCAAGGGGGAGGCAUUGCUAUGCGACUUCGGGAUGGCUAAAGUAGUUGGGGACAUCAACUCAACACCGGCAACUACGACACUCACAAGAUCGGGGUCGACGCGUUGGCUCGCUCCAGAACUCAUCUUCGAAGACACAGUUCAGAUCACGACCGCCUGCGACGUCUGGUCAUUCGGAAUGACAAUGCUAGAACUCUUUACGAUGCGCGAACCGUGGGCGGAGAAGAGGCGAGAUGCUCAUGUUAUCGCUGCCAUGACCAAUGGCGCGUUACCUAGCCGGCCGCAGAACAUCCCGGAGCUGACGGACAGUGUUUGGGGGCUUAUGUCGGAGUGUUGGGAUAGGAACCCUGAUGCUCGGCCCGCGAUGUCCAUUGUACCCACUCGGAUAGCUACGGGGUGAACGGCUUGCGUCCCGCGCGGCAGUUUGGAGAACAACAACGGGUGUAGACAGCCUAUUGAAUAACGAGUCGUCUGCGUGGGCACUAUGCAGGGUCAAUAAAUCGCGGUGAUGCGGA